CAAGUAAUUCAAUCAACUCCCACUCGGUACCCAACCAUCAUCGCUUCAACAAGCUUCUGUCUGUGCCAGCAACAUGAUCUGACGUUCGGCAGUAAACAACUCUUGUCAUUUGCAAUGGAAGGCUCUUAUCCUAUGCACCCGGCCCAGGCCAUGCAAUCGCCAUUCUUUUACUACAACCCAGACCCCCAAGGCGAGAACACCCGCCAACACGGCCAUUUCACACCCCAUCCGUCAGGCCAGUCGACCUUCCAGCCGCAAAACAUGUAUCUCCAGAGGCCAUCCUCGGCGAACUCGCAGCUUUCGUACCCUCAGACAGCAUACGCAAACCAGAUGCUCACACCCGUCGCAUCACCUCAGCCGCAGUAUCAGAAGCCGACUAUCCUGAUUCAGCCCCAGGACUCGCCAUAUCUUCACCCUCUUGAUACAGACUACUCCUUCGUGCCCGCUACCCCUCCUCUUUCGUCGUCGGGCAGCAGCACCAGCAGCCCUCCCUCGAGCUACGAUGUUUUGCCUACACCACUGAAUGACUUUUUCCCUGGCGAGGGUAUUGAGGGCGUCAAGCAGGGCUGUGAAGGCGAGGUCUUUGCCGAGAUCCUUUCUGCCGGCCUGGAAUGGCGAUCAACGACCCCACCAAUGACUCCAGUCUAUAUUCAGCCGCCUUCGGCUAGCCAGGGGUCGUACCUGCUGUCUGCAACUUCGUGCCCCUCGCUUUCCCCUUCACCCUCACCGCUACCGCGCGCAACCUUUGCCGAGGCUGAGAACAACUUCUGCAACCCGCGCGAUCUUACUGUCUCUACAUCUACUGAACUGCCUACUUUGUUGACCCUGUGCCCUGGUGACGAAGAGCACAAGCUCGUCCUCAAGGGUGAGACCGCCAAGAUCGAGCAACUGGAAGCAACUCAGCCCUUCGACUUCACCGGCCUUCCCACCUUUGAGCCCCUGUUUGAGCUCGACUGCGAGGACGAUUUCGCCGGGUUUGUCCAAUUUCCCGCCACCGAGCACGCGCAGUUUCCUUGCAACAAGCGCCAGCGAACCGAUCUUGUUGCCUUCACCCCUGAGGACGAUUUCGUAAGCGACGAGAGCUUCACGGAUUUCGAGGAGGAGCUUGUCCACGGCCUGCCCCUUACGCCUGCUGCGAGCGACUUCUCUGACAACAUGUCUGUCGCGCCUGCACCCAAGAGGCGAUCAGUGAAGAAGGCGCGCUCUGAGUACAGCGAUGCUGAGUCGGAUUACCAGGGUCAAGCGGACAACGCUGUCGGCUCCAGCUCUGAAGACAACGCCACAACGCCUGUCGCAACCACCAGCCGCCGCGGCCGUAAGCAGUCACUGACAGAAGAUCCUUCAAAGACGUUUGUCUGCACCCUCUGCUCGCGCCGCUUUCGCCGCCAGGAGCACCUCAAGCGCCAUUACCGCUCCCUCCACACUCACGACAAGCCUUUCGAGUGCACUGACUGCGGAAAGAAGUUCUCCAGGAGCGACAAUCUUUCGCAGCACCAGCGCACGCAUGGUACGGGCGCCGUUCAUCUUGAUGUAUUGGACACCUCCGACUUACACAAUGGCGAUAUGCAACGAGAGCAGUCUGGCGCCUUCGACCACCAAAAUCCAGCUCUGAUGGGUAGCAUUCUCUAUGAUGCCGCUGCCAGUAUCUCGAGCUCAAGCUCAAGCUCCGACUUCUCCGACUUUGACGCAUCGCCCAUCAACAAGAAGCGGAAGCGGAACGAGUAGGCUUCUCCUCUCGUUUCCACUUCUCCUUUCAAAUCCUUUAAUGACCCCCUCAUGACAUCAACACUCGGUAGAAGGAGUUUCCAUCAUGCCAGACGGCUGCUCGUCUACUAUCACGUCGUUACGCAGAAGCGGCUCAGAUAGACAGGCGGCACA